UUAUACUAUUGUAUCGUUGGUUACGAUUAUGUUUACCGUUUCGAUGGAAAUGCGGGCCAUUUGUGCACUUAUUUUACCCUCAUUUCUCGGCAGAAGUGGCCGCAACUUUCUGAUAGCGAUGAUUGCCAUUAUGUUAAUCGACAAACCGAUUGUCAAUAUCGCCGAAAAUGUGGCCGAAAUGACUCUUUGGACCACUUGUUUGCUCAAAAUGGGUGCCAAACAGAGCUAUUCUUACGCAUCACUUCUAACGGAUCCUAUGAUUGAGAUCACAACCAAUUUGAUGACAAACAACUCACCGCUUAAAGGAAACAAAGAGGAGUUUAAAAACGCGUUUGGAUUUCUACCAUCGUUUGGCGCCAACACUACCGCCGGUGGCGACGAUUCCGGCGCUGAGGCUAUCGGUGCCGAUGAAGAGACCGUUGGAAAGACACUUCGGGAUCGAAUGGAUGAGGUUUGCAAAGAUCUCGAUUAUUAUUACAAAAACUGUUACAGCGCUAUCAUUAGGCCUAAGAUUGGUUUGUUUAUGAAAAUCGUGUAA